AUAUCAGACAUCUGGUACCUUAUCUUGAUCAUGUCUAUCCCAAUUUCAAAUUUCUCUUCCUUUGUAUUCCAACCUUUUAUUGUCUGCAUCUCUCGCCAUAACCGCGUUAUAAUAAUUAUAAACCUCAAUAUCCAAGGAGUUUGAUUCUUUUUUCUCGUAGAUGAAGAAGCCAAUCGGAGAAUCUGAUUAGGGUUUUGUCAUCUCUCAAAGAAACUAACCCUUUUAGGGUUUUUUUAAUCGAUUAAAGUCAUAUUUAUCGCUCCAUUUACAUCCACAAACGCGCAUAUAGGCGAUGGACAAAGACUAUCCGGCAUCGAAUUAUUUAGGUGAAUCCUCGGGUUGUAACGACGAAAACAACGUCGGCAUGAUAGAUUACAUGCUCAAUAAUUCACAUCAACACCAGCAGCCACAGACGCAACACCAAUUGUCUCCCGGAGUUGGUUCUUCUCCCACUUUCGAUAAACUAAGCUUCGCCGAGGUGAUGCAGUUUGCGGAUUUUGGUCCCAAACUGGCAUUGAACCACUCGAGAAUCCAAGAUGAUCAUCAACAAACCGGGAUGGACCCGGUUUAUUUCCUCAAAUUCCCGGUUUUGAACGACAAAACCGAGGAUCACCAUCAUCAUCAUCAAGGCCAGCCUCUCAUGGCUCAAGGAGAGGAUGGGUAUGACAAGGAAGAUCAAGAAGCUAGGGUUUCAGACAGCAACAACAACAACAACAACUCAGUGCAACUUCGGUUCCUUGGAGAAGAUACAGACAACAAGAAUGCUUCGGCCAACGAGGUGAAGAGCAAGAGGAAGAGGCCGAGGACGAUCAAGACCAGCGAAGAAGUGGAGAGCCAAAGAAUGACUCACAUCGCUGUUGAGAGGAACCGCAGGAAGCAGAUGAACGAACACCUUCGUGUCCUCCGGUCCCUCAUGCCCGGAUCCUACGUCCAAAGGGGGGAUCAAGCGUCGAUCAUAGGAGGAGCGAUAGAGUUCGUGAGGGAGUUAGAGCAACUCCUUCAAUGUCUGGAGUCGCAGAAGCGAAGGAGAAUCCUUGGAGAAGCCUCUCAGAGGCAAAUAGGUGAAAUGACCUCGUCUUCUUCUCCGGCCACGGUGGCGGCGGCGGCGGCACAGCAACAGCCGGCGAUGAUCUUCGCCGGAAACGUGAGCGAGCUGGAAAGCGGCGGAGGGCUGAGGGAGGAGACGGCGGAGAACAAGUCGUGUUUGGCUGACGUGGAGGUGAAGCUGCUAGGGUUUGAUGCGAUGAUAAAGAUACUGUCCAGAAGAAGGCCUGGCCAACUGAUCAAGACCAUUGCUGCUUUGGAGGAUCUUCAUCUCUGCAUUCUUCACACCAACAUCACCACCAUCGAACAAACCGUCCUCUAUUCCUUCAACGUCAAGAUCACAAGCGAGACAAGGUUCACAGCAGAAGAAAUAGCAACCUCUAUCCAGCAAAUAUUCAGUUUCAUUCAUGCAAACACUGCCAUGUAAUCAUUUUAAUUUGUAAUAUUCUGUCCAAUAUAUACCUUAUCCCUAAGUUUCGAAACUUU